CGUGUCAAUCGCCCGGUCAAGCCUCAAAUAUAUGCGGUACAGGAGGAAAUAGCAGUAAUACCAUAGAUAGGUUUUGUUAUGUUGUGUAAAUACCCGUCAAUCAAACGCGCAGGACUGUAGAGAGAAGAUUGAGAAGAUUCAAAGAGAAGAGUGAAACAAGAGGUCAUUAGUUCGAUAACAGAGCAAUGGAUGAUAAGCAUUUUCUAACUUUCUUAAAUCGGAAAACAAGACUUUGAGGCAUAUUUUGAAUCAGUUCGACUCUUCAACUGAAGAAUUGACUUGACAGUAAUCAACUGUAAAGCGGAGUUAGUAUUGAUGCCAUCGAUAUUUGAAUAAUCAGCUCCAAAUGUCAUUCAACGCAAGAAAGUUUGAAAGGAGCUGAUUGCGAUUCAAGAGGUCGAUAGAUCGCCAUCGCUCCUUACUAGUACACAAGAUAAGGCAUUGUCCUCUGGUUUACGUAAACAAAUUUGUCUCUGUUUACUUUUGGCAACAACUUUUGCCUCAACCAGUUAGAUGGAACUUGCAAGGCGCGCCGUAACGUUGGUAAGAAGCUUUCGACGAUUACCGUCAUUAGCGAUUCGUACCUUGAGAAAGUGUCUACCACUUGUUCCUAUUUGUCUGUUGCUUCUGAUAGUCUUGAGUUUAUGGAUGACACUGAACGAGAUCAACCGAAAGGUGACUCUACUGGCUUCGUCUUCUGUUCUCAGCGAGCCUGAAACGAACGCUGUUAACUUCCUAGACCAAGGCUUCUAUUCACAACAUCAAAUUCUUCGCACAAAAUUACGAACUACUGCCACUUGCCCACCAAAAUCGAUUAUUCUCCUUAUUUUGGUAUCGUCGAAUGUCGGGAAUUUUGAAAGGCGCCAGUUAAUACGGAAAACUUGGGGCGCUGAUCACUCAAUCGAAAGCAAAUGGAAAACAGUUUUUCUAAUGGGAAAGAACAACAUUGAGAGAGAAAUGGAAAACGCUACGGCUGAGGCCAGAGUAUUCGGCGACAUCAUACAAAGCGAUUACCAAGAACACUUUUGGAACAUGAGUUACAAAGUUGCGAUGGGAUUCGAAUGGGCGGUCAAAUAUUGCAAUUUUUAUUUCAUUCUUAAAGCAGAUGACGAUGUAUUUGUAAAUACUCUCGGUCUGGUGAAUUUUCUAAGUAAACAUACAACGCCCAUGAGUAAAUUAUACACUGGUAAUAUCAUGGUUGGCAGUCCUGUUUUGAGAAAUGGAAGAUAUGGUGUUACUCCCGAGGAAUACAAUGAAACUGUUUAUAAGCCAUAUUGUAGCGGAGGAGGUUAUAUUUUGUCACGCGACGUGGUGGAAAAGUUCUUGUGGUAUUUUGACGUUUUGAGGCCUCUUAAAAUCGACGAUGCGUACAUCGGAAUAUUAGCAGCAAAAGCCGGAGUUAAAGUAACUCAUAAUGAACACUUUCGCAUGUACGAGAACAAAUGUGAAUACAGAGAAACUACUUUGGUGCAGCAUCCAGCGCGAGGAGACUGCGUGAUAAUGCUUUACCACAGAAUGAUAGGCUGGAAAAGCAAGAUGAAACAAAAUGAAUAGGGCGACAGAUAGGCCAACUGUGCUCUUCGGUUUCCUCAAACGUUCAAAGGCAGAUAAUAACACUUCCGAUCUCUGAGUUGAAAAGAAAUGUUUCGUCAUGACAAAAGGAAAAACAUAAGAAUUUGUUCAUGCUUAGUGUGCGUAUAUCGAGUC